AUUUGGGCAUAGUUGGCCUGUCAAAUGCUAUGAGAAUUGCCUCGAGGCGCCUGAAGCUUAUUAUAAAACGUUUGCCCGAACCACUCAUAACCAACGUUGUUUCUCCGUUUCGAUCAACAUAAUAUGGGAUUCCUCGACUUUCUGUUCUCGGUUAUCAAAGCAUUUUGCGGAGAAUCGUCUCCAGCAGAAGGCGAAAGGCCUACUGGCGAGCAGAGACCACCGCGACCACAGCAGCCACAAACACCUCUUACAGGUGCUUGGCCUUCUCAAGCUCAACAUGAUCGUAUACGAUACCAAGACCAGAACCAAGCCAAUCAACAGAAUGAACACUUCACAUCCCUCCGCGCUAAAGCGAACCAGGAGGGAGAUGCGAUGGCUAGAUGCUUCCAGCAGAGCCACGAGGCGUAUGCACGCCGCGCAGGUGCGCUAGCUAAGGAACUCUCAGAGAAGGGCAAGCAGCACGAACGUACCAUGGAAGCCCUGAACGCUGAGGCUAGUGCAUGGAUAUUCCGAGAGAACAAUUCGGACAGCAAGCCAGGCGAAUUGGAUCUACACGGGCUCUACGUCAAGGAAGCCAUAUCAUAUUCGGAUAAAGCUAUCAAGGAGGCUCGACAGCGCGGGGAUUCACAAAUCCGCCUCAUAGUUGGCAAAGGCUUGCACUCGAAUGGCCAGGUCGCUAAGAUCAAACCGGCCCUAGAGGACUUGAUGAGACAGCACAACCUUCCUGCCGAGGUGGACCCACAGAAUGCAGGCGUUCUGAUCGUGCAGUUAGCUUGACCAUCAACUGCGAUACCUUUUUGUGAAUACUGAACGGACGCAUCUGAUUCAAUGUACUGCGGGUACAUCCGACUGCGAUAUUGCGCUCGUCUCCAGUUCAUCUGCGAAACAAAGGCAUGAUAUUGAUGUGUGUAUAAUUGUGUAUUUGUUUUCAUGUAUACCACUGUGACAU